AUGACUUCAACUCCAACACUUGCUCUUAUAAGAUUAGAAGAUCCAGCAUGGGCCCAUGCACGUGCAGUGCCAGGAGCAAGAAAUAAUACUGAAUGUUUAUAUUGUAAUAAAGUAAUUAGAGGUGGCGGGAUCACUCGGUUGAAGCAUCAUCUAGCUGAGAUUCCAGGCGAUGUAGAAGCAUGUAAAAAUGUCUCUGAAGAUGUAAAAUGGCAAAUGAAGGAGUUACUUGAUGAAAUGAAAAAAAACAAAGAGAAGAAAAGAAAAAUAAGGUCAGAGAUUGAAGGCGAUAUAGAUUUAACAUCUGAUGAUAUUGAUGAUAGUAAUAGUAUGGAGGGACAAUCUCAUCUUUCAAAAGCUAUUGAUGCCAUGACUGCCAUCGGGCCAGGAUUCAAGGGCCCUUCUUUAUAUGAGUUGAGAGGAAAUUUAUUAAAGAUGGUUGUGGAUGAGGUUCAAGAUUAUUUGCAACAAAUUAAACAGGUUUGGAAUGAGAGCGGUUGUUCACUAAUGGCAGAUGGUUGGACAAACCAAAAGCAACAAUCAUUAAUCAACUUUCUAGUUUAUUGUCCGAAAUGUACAAUGUUCUUGAAGUCUGUUGAUACAUAUGGCCUUAGAAAAGAUGCUGAAAUAUUAUUUAAUAUCUUUGAUGAGGUUGUUCAAGAAAUUAGAGCUGAGAAUCUUGUACAAUUCAUAACGGACAAUGAUGCAAGUUAUAAAGCUGCAGGAAAAAAGUUACAGCAGAAGUAUGGCUCUUUCUACUAG